UUAAAGUAAGAGAAAUUAGGGCACCACCUGGUCCCUUCCUUCGUAAUUUCUCUCUCUCUCUGACUCACUCUUUUUUUGUUUUCACUCUCAAUCUGCCGCCGCCACCUCCCGGUGUCGUUGCUGCCGUCUUCUAGCUGAUCACCGUCGCCGAUCGCCGCUGUUGCUUCUUCUCUUAGUGGGUAAGAGUUUUUAUUUUUUAUUUUUUUUUUGUGGCGUUUCCGCCCCUGCCGUCGGAGUCUUAAGUCUGUCCUAGAGGAAGAUGGAAUCCUCCGUGAGAGCAGCUGAGCGAAUUCUUUCCUAUAAUUUCAAGAACAAGAAGCUCUUAGAAGAAGCCCUCACUCACUCCUCCUACCCCGACUCUGCCUCCUAUGAACGCCUCGAGUUUAUCGGCGAUUCAGCUAUUGGCCUCGCUAUUUCCAAUUAUUUCUUUCUUGCUUUUCCGGACCUCCAUCAGGGCCAGCUAUCUCUACUUAGGGCUGCUAAUAUUAGCACCGAGAAGCUUGCUCGUGUUGCAGUCCGCCUUGGAUUGUAUAACUAUGUUAGGCGCAAUGCCGCCGCUCUUGAUGAUAAGGUUAGAGAGUUUGUUGAUUCUGUCGCCUUAGAAAACAACUCAGUUGCGUAUGGUGGGUUGGUGAAGGCUCCGAAAGUUCUUGCUGACAUUGUGGAAUCUGUAGCUGGUGCUGUUUAUAUAGAUGUUAAUUUUGAUCUUCAAAGACUAUGGGUGAUUAUUAGGGGUUUGCUAGAGCCUAUCUAUACUCUUGAAAGCUUACAGGUAGAACCCCAACCUGUAACUUUGCUCUUUGAAGUUUGCCAAAAAAAUGGGAAGCAGGUUGAUAUUAAGAAUUGGAAAAAUGGUCCCAACAACGUCGUGAGUGUCUAUGUUGACGGUAGUUUUGUUGCUUCCAGCUCUUCAAUGCAAAAAGAAAUUGCAAAGCUUAGUGCUGCUAGAGAAGCUCUCGUCGAAUUGUCGAAUCAUAUGGAUACCAAUACUAAAACAGUUGUAACUAUUGAUGGUAUCGAUGAAUCGUUUGAGAUUGAAGGGGCAAAGCAUAAGCUACAUGAUUUUUGUUGCAAGAAAAAGUGGCCAAAACCAACUUACAGUACUGAGAAAGAUUUAGGGCCUUCACAUGAGAAGAGAUUUGUUUGUUCUGUUAUAAUCUCCACUCCUUCUGAUACACUCUAUAUGUUGGGAGAUGAGAAGUCAAGAGUAAAGGAUGCAGAGAACUCUGCAGCCUCUUUGAUGAUUCGUGCUUUACAGGAAAGAAACUAUCUCUAAUACAUAUAUUAUUCAAUUGGGCAUAAUCUAACACAUUGUAUAGUGAGUUUAUGCUUUCUGAUGCCUUCACUUUUCUUAUCUAUAUGUAUUCUUGGAGGUAGGUAUGUUGUAAAUCAUUAUUCUACUUGCCUAUCUGAGUACAAGUUAUUGUAUUAAAAUCAGUAUUUAUUGCGAUGUAAAAUUCAAGCCAACCAGUUUAGGCUGUCUGGAUGUGUAAUC